UAUAAAAAGCCUGGUCUCUCCUGUCUCUCCCUGCCAAAAAUCCCUGGUGAAGGCCUAAUAUGAACAUCCUGCUCAUCUCGUUGCUGGGGUGCCUUGUUGUGGCACUGCCCUCAGCCAGUGCUCAACAAGUCAAAUGGUGUGUGAAGUCACAGAAUGAACUGAAUAAAUGCCAACACCUUGCCACCAAAUUACCAGAGCUUAGGUGUCAUCUCAAAUCUUCUGUAAUUGAGUGCAUGACAAGCAUCAAGACUGGUGAUGCCGAUGCUAUAACUGUAGAUGGAGAACAUGUUUACCAAGCUGGACUCCUAAAUUAUGGACUCCGUCCUAUUAUUGCAGAGAAAUCUAUAAAAGAAUGCUGUUAUGCUGUGGCUGUGGUCAAGAGUGACGCAAACUUCAACAUCAAUGAUCUCAAAGGAAAGUCUUCAUGCCACAGCUGUUAUCAAAGGCCUGGAGGCUGGAAUAUACCCAUUGGAAGACUGGUUGCACAAAAUAAGAUUCCUUGGGAUGGUCCUGAUGACAUGCCUCUGGAGAAGGCUGUGUCACAGUUCUUUUCAAGCAGUUGCAUUCCUGGAAUAUCGAAAGCCCUGUACCCAAAUCUGUGUCAAGCUUGCCAGGGUGACUGCAGCUGCUCACAAAAUGAAAAAUCCUACGGUGAUGAAGGAGCCUUCCAGUGCUUGAAAAAUGGUCAUGGACAAGUUGCCUUUGUUUGUCAGCAUGCAAUCCCACUGAGUGAGAGGCAGAACUACCAGCUUUUGUGCAUGGAUGGCAGCAGGAAAAACGUUGAGAACUACAAGGACUGCUACCUCGCCAAAGAGCCUGCUCGUGCUGUCAUCGGCCGCAUGGACGCUGAUUCACAGCCGAUUAUUAAAGCCCUUUCUCAGGAUUCAGAUCUUUUCUCUUCUGAUGCUUUUGGGGGUAAAGACCUGAUGUUCUCAGACUCUGCAUCUGGCCUGGUUGAGCUUUCUAAGAGCACAGACUCCUUCCUCUACCUGAAAGAAGAUUAUUAUGAGGCCAUUCGUGCCCUUAGAGCUGGGAACACGCCAGCCCCGUCUCAAGACCGUAAAAUUGAAUGGUGUACCGUUGGCCAUGCAGAGCAACAGAAGUGUGACAAUUUACAGAUUCCUAGUUUGGAGUGCCGAAGGGCAUCAUCUGUGGAAGAGUGCAUCAAGAAAAUCAUGCGCAAAGAAGCAGAUGCCCUUGCAGUUGAUGGUGGCCAGGUAUAUAUUGCUGGAAAGUGCGGCCUAGUUCCAGUUAUGGUUGAGCAGAAUAAUCAACAAAACUGUGAUAAAGGUGGAGAGGCCGCAAGUUACUAUGUCGUGGCCGUGGUGCGUAAGGGCUCAGGUGUAACCUGGAAUAGUCUGCAAGGGAGGAAGUCCUGCCACACUGGCCUGAACCGCAAUGCUGGUUGGAAGGUUCCAGAUUCAGCCAUAUGCGGCCAAAAACCUGGCUGUACCCUAUACAAUUUCUUCAGUAAAGGCUGCGCUCCUGGUGCUGAUCCUCAAUCAAACAUGUGUGAACUGUGUAAAGGCAGUGGGAAGGCGGUGGGAGAUGAGAGCAAGUGCAAAGCCUCUUCUGGAGAAAUAUAUUAUGGCUAUGAUGGGGCUUUCAGGUGUCUUGCAGAAAAAACUGGUGAAGUUGCUUUUAUUAAGCACACUAUUGUUGGGGAUUACACUGAAGGUAAAGGACCAGACUGGGCUAAGGAUCUGAAGUCAGGCGAUUUUGAACUGAUCUGUCCAGAAUCACCAGACACAUCAGUGAAACACAGUGAUUUUGAAAACUGUAACCUUGCCAAAGUGCCAGCUCAUGCUGUGAUCACCCGGGAAGAUGCACGCAACGAUGUGGUGAAUGUUCUGAAGCAGGCUCAAGUCAAUUCAGACAAGCUGUUCAAGUCAGAGGGUGAAAGAAACCUCCUUUUCUCUGAUUCCACUAAAUGCCUUCAAGAGAAUACCCAACCUUUAAAGGAAUUCCUGACACAAAAGUACAUUGACAUGAUUGAAAGGACCUACGUGACUGGCCAGGGUGAACCAGAUCUGGUCAAGGCAUGCACUUUGGAUUGUUGUAUAAAGUUGAGUUCCUAAAAGAAAUACACACCAAAUUCAGGCCAUAUGAGCUUUGUCUGGCAUGUUUCCCCCAAAUAAGAAUCUACAUUUCUGAAUCACUCUAUUUCUCCUGAUAAGUUACCAGCAUGAGGAAAACAUGACGUUUGUGUUAUGCAGCAGUGUUCAUAUCUUAAUAUCAAAAUCAAAUCUUAUGAUGAUCAAACUGUUCACACUCAGGAACAGUGGCAAUGUGAUCAAGUUUCUGUUUUAUCACCACGGGGGUU